CAGGCCAACUAGAUGUUUAAACACCCUCUACCACUUACUGAAAAAAGUCUCAUCCUGUUGCAGUGCUGUAAUUUAAUAAAGCCAUCUUUUAACACCUGCCCCAGAUUACUGGAAGGACGAUACCUGUUAGUCCACAAACCUCGUGAGGGUUUCGUGACCAUCUUUAAAGCUAGCGAUGAGACCAAGGCUGCUCGCGGCGUGUACCACCUGCAGAACGCACACUGCGGACCCCCAGCUGUGUCUCCAGGGAUUCCCUGGGUUCCCCUGGACCCCUCGUAUGUCCUGCCAUUUCACCAGAAACACGGCAGGCCGCCCUGCACCUUCCCCCCACGUCCACCCCCUCAGGCAAAAGGUGGAACAGGACCUAAGCAACUCCAGGGAAAAAGCGCGGUGAGACCGCCACAAGCAGCCAAUCAGAAUCAAUCAACAAAGAAGCGUAAAAAAGGCACAAAUAAGAGAGCACGGAGAGACAACAUGAGAGUUAAGAUGAUGAAAGACCAGCAAAAAACCCAAACUAGUGAAGGUGGAAAGGAUGAAAAGCCUUGAUUUUGGAAAAAUCUAUUUUUUGUGUAAUUACUGUAUUCAUUGUUUAAAAGCACUUACUACCCCUGAUAUU